AUGCGCUUCUCACUAUUGCUCAGUGCCCUGGGCGCUGUAGCUGUCGAGAUUCCAGCUCAGAAUGCUGGUGAAGGUCUCUAUCGCAGGAGUGAAUCAGCAAGUAUCCAACCUGCUGCUGCCAAUACGCAGGCGCCCGCUCAAGAUGGAUACUUCGCCAGCGCUCCCGAAGCUCAGACUUCUGCAGCUAAGGUCGAGCCAGAAACAACAGCGGCUCCAGCACCCCAAGUCACCACUGCCGCUCCGAUUGAGAAGGACGAGACCAGUGUUGACGGGGUCGAUACAGCCGCCCCGUACAUGGAGGACGGCACAAUGGUGGUUUGGGACGCUGGGUGCGGCUGUCCUAAGCCCGUGACGACGACCGUAGUGGUUCCUCCUCCUCCCCCGGUUAUCACAGACAGCUAUCCGGCCAACGACCCAACCACAGUAGCCCCGCCGCCUGAGACUACCACCGAGCCUCUUCCACCGCCCCCAAGUAUCACAGAUACUUACAUCGUAGUUCCGCCUCCAACCUAUGGGCCCUCAACUACCACCGAGGAGCCUCCUGCGCCUCCAACGACAACGAGUGAAGCCCCAGCGCCCCCUACUACCACAACCGAGCCUUAUGUACCCCCGACUACAACGACCGAGGCCCCAGAGCCUCCAACGACAACAAGUGAAGCCCCAGCGCCCCCUACUACCACAACCGAGCCUUAUGUACCCCCGACUACAACGACCGAGGCCCCAGAGCCUCCAACGACAACAAGUGAAGCCCCAGCGCCCCCUACUACCACAACCGAGCCUUAUGUACCCCCGACUACAACGACCGAGGCCCCAGAGCCUCCAACGACAACAACCGAUUCGUAUGAGCCUCCAACUACUACCACUGAGGCCCCUAAGCCCCCGACAACCACUACUGAAGCUCCUGAGCCUCCCACCACGACCACAUCACCUGAGACAACUCAAUCUUGCGCUCCUGGUGGCACCACCACUGUCACGGAGAAGGUUACAGAGAAGGUCACCGAAAAGGUCACCGUUACUGAGACUGAGAAGGUAACAGAAAAGGUCACGGAGAAGGUGACAGUAACCGAGACUCAAGCUGCAUCAACAGUCACAGAAACAGUUCAUGAGGGAACUACUGUGGUUGAGACUCGACCUGGACCGACGCAUAUCGAGACACAGCCUGGGGUGACAGUGACAGAAACUGUGCCCGGACCAACUUUCAUCGAAACACGCCCAGGAGAGACUAUUAUCGAGACUCUACCUCCCGUCACAAUCACCGAGCCUGGAGUUACAAUCACAGAAGAUGGAGGCACUGUUACGGUACCAGGACCAACAGUUACCGAGGCUGGAACAACUGUGACUGAGCCGGGCACUACUGUGACGCUUCCUGAAGUCACUAUAACAGAGCCUGGCAGUACCGUGACUGAGGCUGGAACAACUGUUACUCUCCCCGAGGAAACUGUCACUGAGCCCGGAAGCACUGUCACUGAGGCUGGAACCACCAUUACUGAACCUGCGUUGACAAUUACCGACAUCGUUACCAUUCCAGGAAGCAGGGUUACUAUCACUGAGACUGGGGAAGACGAGACAGUGACUGUCCCCAGAACUGUUGUCCAGCCUGGUGAAGAUAGAACUGUCGUAAGGACUGUGACUUUACCUGGCCAGGAAACUGUUGUCACAGUGUCUGGUGAAGAACGAACCGUCACGGUUCCUGGAGAGCGUACUGUUGUUACUGUACCUGGAGAGCAGGCUACCGUCACCAUUGAAUCGGCCGUCACAGAGAGACUCCCUGCGGAGACUGUGACCCUGACUAAGGGCGGUGAGACGGUUGUCACAGUGGUUCCAGGCCCGACAACUGUCUACACUACUACCUUGACCAUUGGCCAAACAGUACAACUCCCUCCUACCACAGUGACAGCCACUCCUGGACGCAUCACCUUGUGCCCCAAGCCUACAGGUCGAUCUGCGCCACUCGACCGCAAGUCGGAUCUCACAUUUGGUUGCGAGCCAGGCUAUGUCUGCAACCCACCGAAGCCAUCAUGGUGCAACUUCUGGGCGGAGCCACCUGAUGAGGACUACCUUUGUGAACCUCAAUACUGUAUCAAGGCUCCCAAGGUCAAGAAGGCUAAGUGGCGCAAGAACAAGACUGGUUACUACCCCCGUUCUCCUGGUUACUUCAACUUGAACCCAGAGGCUUUCGGUCUUUCUUAUGAUAUUUUUGAGAAGCAAGUCUAUGAGAAGACCGUGAGUGGUGAAAUCAAGACCUUCUCGACCGGAAACUGGGCUUCACAGACAACCUUGAGUGACUGGCCUGAUGCUACUACUUCAGUAGCAGAGUCUUAUGACUAUGUCCCCAGCAACAACCAGCGCCGUGGACUCCACAUGUUCGACAGGCGAGAUGUCACUCCGGCUAUUUGCUACGAUGACUGUGAUGGUGCUUACAAGAUCGCACUCUCAACUGGAAAAUCGGACAGGCUGUGCAGAGCGGGUUCUUCAUUCCGUGGCAGCUAUGAUAUGUGCCGUGACUGUAUCAGUGACAACACUUCCAAGAGCAAGAACACUAUUCGCGACUAUGUUGAGCCUGAGUUUAACCAGUUCAUCGAUUAUUGUGACGGAAAGGAUACCACGACUGCCACCACAGCUGCAUCUGGUCCUGAGUCGCAGGUUACUGGAUCUGCGGAUGUGGAGACGACAGGACAGGUUGAGGUCACCUCUGGCGAUUUCAGUGCCCUUCCAGUAACAACAGAAGAGUCUGAGCCUCAGCCUACCACUACUGACGCUCCUCAGCCUACUACUGAAGCUGCUGAGACUACUGAAGCAGCUGUCACCUCGGAUGCUGCUGAGCCGACUAGUGUUGGCGAUGAGAGCACCGAAAUCGCGGAACCUGUUUCUACAGAAGUUUCUGAGAAGGCCCAGGCGACCACGGAUGCAGCUGGAUCGACUUCUGGUGCAUCACAGCCAACCACAUCUGGAGAAGUUGCUGAAGAGAGUUCGGUUCCGGCUGAGACAACUCAAAAGGCCAAGGCGACCGAGACUGAGACAGCAGCUGAGGAGACAUCAACCAACGGGUCUGAAAACUCUGAAGCUGGUGAGUCUACCACUUUUUCUAUUACAGCCAAGAGUGUUGUCGUAACUGUCACAUCGUCACUUGGUGACUCUGAGACUGAUGUAGUUUCUACUAUUACAGAAACAGGAUCAAGAACAGCCCAGGCCAAGGGCAUCGAAACGGACUCUGCCGAGACAGGCUCAGAAACUGAUGUUUCUGGAGCUGCCACUGAGACGACUAUGAAAGCUACACGCUCUGGCAAGGCAGAUGCUACUGAAUCUGAAUCUGAAUCUGGAGCUGCCGCAACAGAGACAGAGUCAGGAUCAGAGACAGAAACAGAGACCGAAUCUGGCGCUUCUGGGGCUGCUACUGAGACCAGGUCGCGCCUCGAGACACGCACUUCAUCGGGUACCUCAGACGAGACUGCCGCACCUUCAACUGUUGAGGCUGCUGCAUCACGAUUGACGGCUAGCUUUGCCACUAUCAUCGCACUGUUAUCGAUGCUAGUGGUGCUCAUUUAAUCUUCAAACAACAACCACUUUUUUGAACAUAUUUUUUCACGACACUCCUUACAUAAUGUCUAUUCGACAAUGACUACAUGUUUAUGUUUACGCUUCAUGGAUACUCAAUGCACAUACAGGAUUUUGGAAGAGAUGACUUUACAUAUUUGGAUAUUUGGCUUUUGCCACGACACUCAUUUGGCGCAUGGUGGGAAGCAUAUAGAAUCAACAUUGAGAUACCAGACACUCCUUAUAUAUAUAUACCACGGGCAUGAGCGAGGAGAUCAUUUAAUAGCAAGUAGAUCACAUGAAUUGCAUGGC